CUGGAUCCCGCCUCGGGACGCCCCUUCUACGUCCACUCGCAGACUGGACGGCGCACGUGGAAGCCUCCCCGGAGGGCGCGGGACCCAGCCUCAGCCUCCAUGGAAGAACCGCAGCCGCCGCUGCAGGGAGGCGGCGGCGCUCCCGCCCCCCAGCCCGGCGGGGGGACUCCAACAGGGCCGAUGCCCCCCAGCCACGCGAACCCGUCUACCCUUCAGCAGGACUGGCCUCAGCUCAGGUUCCCAUCGGCUAACCUAGACACCCCGGUUCAGCGGCCCCUUCCCCAGCUCCUGGACGAUCCCCACGAGGUGGAGAAGUCGGGGAGACUCAACAAGACCAAGAUCGCUGAAGGGGGGCGCAAACUCAAGAAGAACUGGACGACGGCCUGGGUGGUCUUAGCGGGGAAUAGUCUGGUCUUCUACAGGGAUCCCCCAGCUUCCUCCCCAGUCCUGUGGGGCCCCGCGCGCAGCCGCCCGGAGAGCAGCGUGGAUCUCAGAGGGGCCGCCUUGGGGACCGGCCGACACCUCACCAGUCGCAGGAAUGUGCUACACGUGCGGACGGUGCCGGGACACGAAUUCCUGUUGCAGUCCGAUAACGAGGCGGAGGUCCGAGACUGGAACGCGGCCCUCCGAGCGGUCAUCACCCGCCUGGAGCGGGAAAACCCCGUAGAGCUACGACUGUCCGGAGCGGGGCCGGCUGAGCUGAGCGGGGGUGAAGAGGACGACGAGCUGGAGCCGAGCCCGGAACGGCCUCCGGAGUGGCCGGAGGGGCGGAGCCGGGGGAGCUGGCGGGGCCCGGGCCGGAGUCAAGUCCGGAAUAAAUUGAAGCGACUCAUUGCCAUGAGACCGCCACUGCGGAGCCUGCAGGAGCGCGGUCUCCUCCGAGACCAGGUGUUUGGCUGCUCCCUGGAGGCGCUGUGCCAGCGGGAGGGGGGCACGGUGCCCAGCUUCGUGCGGCUCUGCGUCGCCGCUGUGGACAAGAGAGGCCUGGAUGUGGACGGGAUUUAUCGGGUGAGCGGGAACCUGGCGGUGAUCCAGAAACUGCGAUUCCUGGUGGACAGAGAGCGAGCGGUCACCUCGGACGGGCGCUACUUGUUCCCUGAAAAGGCGGGACAAGAGGCCCGGCUGGACCUGGACCGUGACGAGUGGGAGGACAUCCACGUGGUGACGGGGGCCCUGAAGCUCUUCUUGCGGGAGCUGCCGCAGCCCCUGAUCCCGGGGCCGCUGCUGCCUGCCCUGCGUGAGGCCCUCGGCCUCCCUAGCAGCGACCGCCUGGCCCAGAUCCAGCAGGUCCUGAGCUCCAUGCCGCCAACCAACAGGGACACGCUGCGCUUCCUCCUGGAGCACCUGCGCAGCAGGGUGGUCGCCCGAGCCGACCAGAACCGUAUGACGCCGCUGAAUCUGGGGAUCGUGUUCGGGCAGACGCUUCUGCGGCCGGAGCAGGAGGCCGCUGACCCCGCCGCCCACGCCCUCUACCCCAGUCAGCUGGUCGAGCUGCUGCUAACGGACUUCGACAGUCUCUUCCCCGACCCCUGAACCGCCACCCCUCCGGCCCCCACCUCCCCGACUCGUCCCGGGGGAGGAGGUGACCCCGGGGGGCAGGGCUCACCUCGGAUUUAUGAACACUGUGACCCCAGAUUGCUCACCUCUCAAUCAAUCCAUCAAUGAUAUUUAUCGAGCGCUUACUGUAUGCAGAGCACUCUACUGAGCGCUUGGGAGAUG